CAUAGUGUGUUUGUUGAUUUUCUUCCAGUGCUUUGAGAUGAGUGUCGCAAAAUUGCCGAAAUCGCCAGAGGAGCAGAAGAAGUUCGAGAAGAACUUGAUUGAGCAAGUGAGAUCAUUCCCAUGUCUCUACGAUAAGCAAGAUCCUCGGUUCCAGGAUAAUCAGCUAAAGGCGCAAAUGUGGAAAAUUGUGGCCACCAGAUGUGACAAUUCCUUGACACAGUGCAAGAAGUCCUUCCAGAAAUUCCUCACCAGAUUCAUACAGCUUCAUGAGUUGGUCAUUGCGGGCACAAUCACCGCCGAAAUGGCCCAGAGUCGAUUUCCCUACUACAGAUCAAUGGUGUUUGCCGAGAGAUUUUUCCAGCUUCGGCAGCCGGACAACAGGAACAGAGGUGGGCAGCAGAGCCAACAAGGAGGAUUUCAACAGAAUGCUCUCCUGCCUUCGCUCCUCGGCUUCACGGCUCCGUCACUCAUUCCGCCGCGCGACAUGAACAACUUUGACGACAGAUUCUCCAGAUUUGGUCCCAAUCCAGGCAUGAACAUCCCCUUCCCACCGUCAAUGGGCAACAACCAACACCGCGGAGACGCAAGGCAAUCUCAGCCCAAUAACAUGGGCAACAUGAUGAACAACCACCGAUUCCAGUUUGGCCCGGACAAUGGUCAGAACUCCUCUCAGAUGACACCAAAUCGUCAGCAGGGCUGCAAUGAUGAUUUCGAAGACGACGAAUCUCACAUUGAUUACUUCUUCAGGAGCAUUUCGCAGCAGGUCAAGCGAGCCCAUCUGUCCAGUGAGAACUUCCUGGAUCUUCAGGGCACCAUUCUCAAUAUCAUGGCAAACAAAUUACAAUCUUACAGAAAGUCCAAAUGAACUGAUGGUGAGCACUUUGCGAAGGCUUCUUGCCUUUCUCGGUCUUUCGAUAAAAUCAUUGCCAACUUCAGUGGAUAAAUUGUAGAGGAAAAAAUAUCCUGGAUUUACACUGGCAAUGCAUCUGUGUUGUAUUUAAUGAUUUCAUUGUGAGAACACAAGAAAAUUAGUAAAAUACACGAAAAUUUCCUAAAUCUCUUUCCCGAAAUGGGUGAUUUUCUUGAAAAAUAUAGAAAAAUUCGUUAUUAACGAUGUAAUUUGUGCCAUCUUUGAGCAACUUCACGCGCAAUACUGUCACAAUAUAUUUUCUGCAAUUAUAAAAAACUUUCUUUCACAUUUUCUUCAGUAAUUUUGGUAAUAUUUGAUACUUUCCCAACUUUCCUGAAAGAAUCAUGAGACGGAAAUCCGAGAUACACAAACACUUCGAGGCGUCCAGCGACAAAGUGCGAUGCAUCUACUGCAAUUACGUUAUCAUCAAGAAUGCGACGAGGAUGACGGAGCAUCUGCAGAAGUGUGAAAAAUGUCCGGAAGUUAUAAGAUAUGCUGAGUUUCUCACUAGGCCACAGAGGAAGGUGGAAAACAUCAAAGUGGAUGAACCGGGCCCGGACUUCUCGGAGAUCAGCGAUUGGACUGUGUUCUCCAACGACGAGUCCGACGACAUGAUCAGGACACUGACACCGCCAGGGAAGAAGAUGAAGACGGAGGACAAGAACCAGAACCCCUUCAUUGAGAUUGAGGACACGCACGUAGACUACUUCUUCAAGAGCAUGUCUCUGCAAGUGAAGACUGCCAAUAUUUCGCAGCAGAACUUCAUUGAUUUGCAGAUCGCCUUCCUCAAUCUCUUCUCCUCGAAGAUCAGGGAGUACAAACAUCAGUAACUGUCUUCACUCGCCGCUAAUCCCACUCUGAUCAGCAUUGCAAUUCCUCAUUUUGACCGCGGAGAGGGAAGAAACAGCGGCAGCAAUGAGAUUCACCUUCUCGAGAUGGCUUUUAAGUAUAAUUUUCCUGGAAAUUUAAGGAUUUUUCGUGACUCUAUGCGUAGAUUUGUGGGUUUUUAUAUAAUUUCAAAUUCACUCAAUAUAUGUAUGUAAAGAGACUUCAUUGCUCUUCGAGGAUAUGAUAAAAAUACACACAACAAACAUUUUGUAUUAGAAUGUUAAGCUAAACGUGUUAGGGCCAUUCACACAUUCAUUUGUGAACUUUUCCU